GUCGGAUAUAACAGGUCAUCAAGUAAGAGCGAUUUAAAAUCAAAUAGUAAUAGUUAUAAUACGCACUUAAUGUUUUGACGCAUUGUAUUGCUGAAAUUGUUUACAGUAUGGAUAUGAAGAACGGCUUGCUACCAAAUCUAUCAGAUGACAUAAAGUCAAACAGAGAAACUGACUUCGGGGACAUAUUUUUAAAUAGAUUAUUCCAUACCAAGCUGCUUCUGACGGACUACAUUGAUUCCACUUUUGAGGGUUUGAUAGACCCACAAUCACUAUCAAUAUCCAUGCGAUACUUCCUAGGCAUGUUGGAUAAAAUUGGAAACGAUUUUAAAAUUGAAACAGAAGUUUUACAAGCAUGGAAAAAUGAGUGUUAUGGUACACGAGUUUGGGCUCCACUGAUUGGUAAACCAAACAUACUGUUUGAUGUUAAUGUACCUGGUCAUGUGGAACCAUGUUUGGAUAUUCUAAGACAAGUGUUCGUAGAAAGCUUUACACAGACAGCUCACAAAGUAAACAAGGAAUCACCACCACAGAAAUUGUUGUUCCAUAAAGAUAUACCAAGAUAUAGAAAACUCAUCGACCCUUUCUUCAUUCGAGUAGAACCAGUGACUGACAAGGAAUUCUGGAGUGAAAUAGACGAAAUAUCAAAUACACAGAGAUCAGAGCUGAAGUUCAGUCGACAAUCAACAAUUCAUCAGCUGUAUAAUUUGUUUAUUGGGAAGUACAAAUCUGAGAUUGUUGAUGAUUUUGAGGACAUGGAAGAAAGUAAAGAUCUACAAUUUGCAAAUAAACUUGAAGAAGUCACAGAUUUGAUGGACGAAUCAGCAGCCGGUUCUUAGUUUCAGAAACCUCUCUCAUCUCAAGUAACUGUUGAUUAAUGUGUUGUAUAACCUGUCUGCCUGUAGACAUGUAAUUGAAUAAAAACAAACUACGAUAUACCAGUAACUUUCGGGUAUUAUUAUAGAUUAGGUGAGAUCAAUAAUAAAUGUUUUGUUAGAUCAACGGAUUAUUUUAGAAUUCGUAAAAUGAAAAACCAUCUGGCAAAUGGAUUGAUGCGAUAUUGAACGUGCAAUUAUAAUAUGUAAAAAAAAAUGUGUACAAACUUUAUAUAAUUAUUAUCACUAAUUGUACUUUUGUACUUUAAUAAGAAUUCAUUAUUGUUAGUUCUUCAGAAAUGUUAAACAUUUCUUCAUUACAUGUUAGAAGUGGAGUCAAAAUUUCAGAGUCAAAAUACAUUAUAUGCAUUAUACAUUUCUUUACUCACUACAUUAUAUAUUAUACAUUUCUUUACUAAUUACAUUAUACAUAUUUACAUACUACAUCUAGUUAUAUCAUUCCUCAUACGUCUUUUUUCACAGACUUUUUACUUUAUGACUGUAUUAUAUGAAAAAUCAUUUUAUACCACAACUAUUUUUAAUUGAAGAAAAUUUGAUAUUGACGUUUUAAAAAACAAAAAUCAACAACAUCAUAUAUUUUAGCUAAGAUUUUUAUUAUGAACAGUGCAUUAAUUUACAUGCUAAUGAUACUUUUACAACAUUUAAAAAACCACCUGAUAUUGAUAAGACUCAAAUGCAAACCUUAAUAAAUAUUGGCAAAUGGUCAUGAUUUUUUUUUAUUUUUAGAGUAUUCAUGUUGAUGGCUGAGUUUAAAAGACCUCGCGGUUUUAAAUUAAAUUUAAAAAAAAAAAG